UAAGAGAGUAGAGUAGUAGUAGAAAAAAAAAAAAAAAAAAAAAAAGAGAAAGUAAAAAGUUACAAGAAUAAAAGGGGAGCGUGCGCGUGUCCGGUGCGCCGAGAGACUCGUCGGCCAGCCCAAAAAAGCUCUGUUCUUCUCACUUUCGGGCAUGCAACAAUAACAACAGUCAUCAUCUUUCUCUCUCUUCUUCUUCACCUCACUUUCACUGCCUUCAAAAGUGCCGCUUCCGAUUCCGAUUUCUUCGUCUCUCGACCUUCCCUUCUUCCUCUAUCGGAAUCUUCUUUUCUUUUCCGGCGAACGUUGGCGCCGUUCAUUGUCUCUUGGCAUCGAACUGGCUGCUUUUAUUUUUCGCUCUGCUCUACCCUUACCUCGAUCUGACCUUUUCUGGUCUUGUGCAACUAAGCUUGUUAUGAAAAUAAAGUAGAAGCCUUGAUUGUCUAUGAAGUUACUAAAAUCAUGGAGAUGGCUUUUGAAGAAAAAGAAUGUUACGUCUGAUGCAGGAAGAUGCGGAUUCAAGAUGAAGCAACUUCCGUUUAUGGGAAUUGUGUGCACUGUCAUGCUGUUUAUUGUGUAUAGAACCACAAAUUAUCAACAUAAGCACACGGAGAUGGAAACAAAAAUUCAUCCUUUUGGCUCAGAAUUGCUUGUGGCUUCCAGAGAGUUAAGUGGUUUACCUCGUGGUAUUAUACAAGCUAGGUCAGAUUUAGAAUUAAGGCCGCUGUGGUUGACGAGUAGCUCAAGGUCAAAGGUAAACGACUAUAGCCAUCGUAACUUGCUGGCUGUUCCAGUUGGCAUUGAGCAAAAACUUAAUGUUGAUGAUAUGGUGCAAAAGUUUCUUCCAGAGAAUUUUACCAUUAUUCUAUUCCAUUAUGAUGGAAAUGUUGAUGGAUGGUUGGAUCUUGAGUGGAGUAAUGAGGCCAUACACAUUGUUGCGCAGAACCAAACAAAGUGGUGGUUUGCUAAGCGCUUUUUACAUCCAGAUGUUGUGUCCAUAUAUGAUUAUGUGUUUCUCUGGGAUGAGGAUUUGGGAGUUGAGAACUUUAACCCUGGAAGAUACAUCAAAAUUGUAAGAAGAGAAGGACUGGAAAUAUCUCAGCCAGCCUUAGAUCCUAAUUCAACAGAGAUACAUCAUAGAAUUACUAUUCGUGCUAGAACAAAGAAGUUUCACAGAAGGGUUUAUGACCUAAGAGGCAGUACUAAGUGUUCAGAUGCAAGUGAGGGGCCACCAUGCACCGGAUUUGUUGAAGGUAUGGCCCCAGUGUUUUCUAGAUCUGCUUGGCGGUGUACUUGGCAUCUUAUCCAGAAUGAUCUUGUUCACGGAUGGGGAAUGGACAUGAAACUUGGGUAUUGUGCACAGGGUGAUCGGACCAGGAAGGUUGGUGUGGUUGAUAGUGAAUAUAUAGUUCAUAAAGGCAUACAAAGUUUGGGUGGUGGUGGGGUGGUCUCUUCUGUAAAAAAGGGCUCAAAUUCUGAGGUGGUAACUAAGAAGCAUGCUACUGGAGCUGGUGAUAUACGAACUGAGAUAAGGAGGCAAUCGACAUGGGAGCUUCAAAUCUUCAAGGAGCGAUGGAAUCGUGCAGUGGACGAGGACAAGAACUGGAUUGAGCCAUUUAAAAGUAUUCAAAGACUGAGAAAACGAAAACGCAGCCACCACUAAACUAAGCUCCUUAUCCUAGCUGUGUGCUUCAAAUGUUUUGCCCAUCAUCAUUCUCAGUCUAGUUGGUCCCCACUCUACACUGCUAGCUUCAGCUUCUCCUUCAGCGUUUGUUGUACUCUUCUUAAUCAUUUCAUUUAUUUAAAUAUUCAUAAUUUUGGCUUUAGAGUUAUUUCAUUACCUGUACCUAGCUCGAGCUGUAACACAUAGUCUUGGUGUAAUUAAAAGGUUUACUAAUUGGUCGAACGUGAA